GGGCGGCCGCGCCGAGCGGCGCGCGCGCGCGCGUUUGCAUAGUUCUGCUCAACAAAGAAGUGUGGUGUGUUUUGGCUGAAUCCUCAAGCAGACAAGAUCAUUAUGGCCCUAGUAGGUUGGACAAAUAUCCUGAUACAAGGUUGAAAAAAUGGCACAUUAGUUGAAAGAAACAAAGGGGAAUGCCUAGAAGAAGAAGAAAAUAUUGUUAUUUAGAUUGAUCUACAUGACCAGUCUGUUUGCUGUGACGGAAUAAUCGGCCAAAGGGAGCGACUUAAGAUCUACUACAGGUGUGUGAACAGCCCUGCUUCUGCAACACAAGCCUAAACUCACCACAUCUUAGGAGGAGAAUGGCCACUGCAUUGGGGACAGCCUUUCUCAUGCUGGUGACAUCCUGCGUUUGCAGCACUGUCUUCCACAAAGACCAACAGACUUGGUUUGAGGGUGUCUUCCUGUCUUCCAUGUGUCCCAUCAAUGUCAGUGCUAGCACAUUUUAUGGAAUUAUGUUUGAUGCAGGGAGCACUGGAACACGAAUUCAUGUUUACACCUUUGUGCAGAAAAUAGCAGGCCAGCUUCCGAUUCUGGAAGGGGAAAUUUUUGAGUCUGUGAAGCCAGGACUUUCUGCUUUUGUAGAUCAACCUAAGCAGGGUGCUGAGACUGUUCAGGGACUCUUAGAGGUGGCCAAAGAUUCAAUCCCACGAAGUCACUGGAAAAGAACCCCAGUGGUCCUGAAGGCAACAGCGGGACUGCGCUUACUGCCAGAACAGAAAGCCCAGGCUCUGCUCUAUGAGGUAAGAGAAAUCUUCAAGAAGUCACCUUUCCUGGUACCAAAUGACAGUGUUAGCAUCAUGGAUGGAUCUUAUGAAGGCAUAUUAGCUUGGGUUACUGUGAAUUUUCUGACAGGUCAGCUGCAUGGCCACAGCCGGGAGACCGUGGGGACCCUGGACCUUGGGGGGGCCUCGACCCAAAUCACAUUCUUACCCCAGUUUAAGAAGACCCUGGAACAAACACCUAGGGGCUACCUCACUUCAUUUGAGAUGUUUAACAGCACUUAUAAGCUGUAUACACAUAGUUACUUGGGAUUUGGAUUAAAAGCUGCAAGACUAGCAACCCUGGGAGCCCUGGAAACAGAAGGGAUUGAUGGACGCACUUUCCGAAGUGCUUGUCUACCAAGAUGGUUGGAAGCCGAGUGGAUCUUUGGGGGUGUGAAAUACCAGUAUGGUGGCAACAAAGAAGGGGAAAUGGGCUUUGAGCCCUGCUACACUGAAGUGCUGAGGGUGGUCCAAGGAAAACUUCACCAGCCAGAUGAGGUCCAGAGAAGUUCCUUCUAUGCUUUCUCUUACUAUUAUGAUCGUGCUGUUGACACAGACAUGAUUGAUUAUGAAACUGGGGGUGUUUUAAAAGUUGAAGAUUUUGAAAGAAAAGCAAGGGAAGUGUGUGAUAACUUGGAAAACUUCACCUCAGGCAGUCCUUUCCUAUGCAUGGAUCUCAGUUACAUCACAGCCUUGUUGAAGGAUGGCUUUGGCUUUGCAGACAGUACUGUCUUACAGCUCUCAAAGAAAGUAAACAACAUAGAGACAGGCUGGGCCUUGGGGGCCACCUUUCAUCUGCUGCAAUCUCUGGGCAUCUCCCACUAAGCCAGGCUCUUCUUCUGAGGAUUCCAUUCGUCAAGGAGAGAGGACUCAGUCAUGUUCUGAGCUAGUCUGAGGAUAGCCUGGACUGAGGCCCAGCAGCUCAAUUCAUCAGGAGGAAGGAGCUUUUGGAGACAGGUCUUGCCCUUGAGUCUGGAGAUUUGGGUUUAAUUAAGUUUAUAUAUCUAAUGUGAACUCUUGACCUUACCACUCUGCUCGCACAGCUGGCACCAGAGUCUAAAUCUUUGAGAUUCUUUGUGUGUCACAGCCAAAAGGAAUAGCUUUGAAACUUAACCUUGGAGAGCCCAGGGACAGGUCCCUGGGAACCAAAGAAAAAUCUCAUUUCAGCCCUUUGAGUGCCUCAUCCCUUUGAACAUAUUAAUUUACCUCUUACACACUAAACUAAGCCCAUUGAUUGCAAUCUCAUGACCCAUCGACGCCAGUAUUUUUUUUUCUCCUCCCUAUACAUUGCCAUGUCCCAUCCUCUUUCUGCUCACCUCCCCUAAAAACAAACAACCCCCCCCCCCAAAAUAAACCUGGUUUAUACUUUUCAUGU